AUGAACUUGUUAAUUCAGGAUAAAACAGAGCAGUUCUCAAUGCCCAAUCUGAACUUCAGCAUAAGUCAAAUGAUCAAUUAGGCAUAGCAGAAAUAACAGCAGUAAUCGACAACUGAAUUCUUGACUCCAUCAAAGCAUCGGUCAAUGGAAUAACUAUUAAAAUCACCGGGAGUACAAGAACUAAUUAAGGAUUCAAUAAAAGCAGUUAUAAAAAAGAAAGAUUUUAGUCCGAAACUAUUUACUCAAUACAAAUACGAUCAAUUCGACAGGUCUGAAAGUCCAGCACAAUAAAUUUUACCCAAAAUAGAGAAAGUCAACAAUAUUCAUGUUCUUAAACAAAUACAACAUAUCAAGAAAAAGAAAUGUAAGACUUCCCAUUUAAAUGUCAUAGCAAACAACCAUGUCAACUCACCGAAGUCAAAGAAAUCGAAUCAUUUAAAAUAUUAAUAAGGAAGGUUCAUGUAGAUAUUUCCCCAGAGUGAUGGCAUAUCCACUUUGAACAUCUCAUCCAAACCAAUUCACAUAAUCUGUACUAUUAAUUAUUCAUUGUAGAAAGAAAUAAAUUCUAGGAUUCCUUUUUAAAUAACUCAAUGGACAACAAGCUCGAAAAAGAAAUCGUUCAGAAGAUUAGAUUGCAAAUGGAAAAACACACCACUCAAAUUGAAACAGACACACUCCGCACAACUAAAUAAGCAAGAUAAAAUUCAUAAUUAAUCAAAACUUCAAGGAAUAUUAAAGUCGAACCUAUGGGAAAUGCUCCAACAGUGAUGUAAGUUGCUACUCAGAACCAAACAACCUCCUAAUUACCAGGCCUUAAAAAGAAGAAAUUAAAGAAAUUUGAUGGAAUCUAUUAUUUUGAUCCUAAAUAUCCUUAAGAUCUCCUCUUUUAAGAAAGAUAUGCAUCCAUGAGACACUACUUCAAUGUUAUGAAUUUAUCUAAUUGUCUUUUUGUUUCACCAAAUUAAAAUAUUUACAAGGCAUAUGUCGGAAAAGGUAAUAACGGGAUGUUGGUCAGAUAGAUACUAAAGAGUAGAUGGUGGUGGAGUAUUCAGGAUGAACAGGAAUCAUGUCAUUUUGUUUGGACUCAAUUAAAAGUUAAUACUAUACAUGAAAACAUGAAAGCCUUAAACAGAAAUCCUAAUGAAUCCAUGAGUUGUCAAAGUGCUUCCUCUUCCCUCACGACUAUUGGUUCUGUUAGUUUGGGUUUUUCGAAAUAAGACGAACAGAGCGAAAGUGAAUAGAUUAAAGUAGAUGCCAUACAAAAGAUCAAUAACUAAUGGAACAAGUUCCUAUCAAAUGCUGAAUUAAGACAAUUCAGUACAAUCCUGAAUGGUCAAGGAAGACAAUCAAAAUUGUUAACCUUAGAGUAGGCUCAGGCCGUAAAACCAAAACUUUCGAUAUAUAAUGAACCUGUUAAAGCACAUAAUCACUUAGAGAACAAUUUUCAUUUGGGAAAUAAGAAAGCUUUGUUUUAUAAUAUGAAAGCAUACUAUGAAUCAUAAAACUUAAAUGUAUUUGAGAAUCUGCCUGUCACAUAUCACAUCAAAAGUCUUGAUGGACCAGAAUAUCAUCAAUUCAUGGAAGCAUAUAAAGAAAGAUAAUAGUUGAUCAAUCAGGAAAGUGAUGAAAAGAAUAAACGCAGAAAUAUUUGGAUUAUCAAGCCUGGUGAAAUUACAAACAGAGGCAAUGGUAUAAAGGUGUCAGAGGAUCUCAAUGAAAUUCAAUCCAUUUUAAAUUCAAGAGAAAUGCAUAAGAACGGAAGUUAUAAAACCUUUAUUGUGCAAUUGUACAUUGAUAGACCUUUGCUUUAUAAUAAACGCAAAUUUGAUAUAAGAUGUUAUAGCAUGUAUGCAUCUAUUAACGGAAAUCAAAAAGGCUACUGGUACACUGAAGGGUAUGUCAGAACAUCGAGUAAAGAAUUCACCAUGAAAAAUCUUACUAAUAAAAUGAUUCAUUUAACCAACGAUGCUGUUUAGAAAAAAGGAGAAGAUUAUGGAAAAUACGAAAAAGGCAACAAAGUUAGUUUUGAAGAAUUUUCAGUAUAUGUUGAGAAUCUCGGAGGGGAUUUCAGUAAGAUCUAUGCAAAAAUGAAGGUAAUUUUUAAUAAUUACUAGUGUAGUAAAUGGCAACUGAAUAAUUUAAAGCCGUAUAUGGUAAAAUAGAUUAGAAUAAGAGAGAGAACACUUUUGAAAUAUUUGGAUUGGAUUUUAUGAUAGAUGACACUUUUAAUGUUAAAAUGAUCGAGGCUAACACAAACCCUUCGAUCGAAAUUUGCUGUCCUUUACUAUCUAAAUUGAUACCUCAGAUGCUCGAUAAUGCCUUCAAGUAUUUAUCAGAUAUUAUUUAAGAAUUGCAUUGGAUCCCAUCUUUCCACCUCCAAACUUCUAUAAUCCCAAAAAGAUUAUUUGUGAAAAUUACCUUGACAACAAAUUUGAAUUGGUUUUUGAUGAAAUGACAGAUGGACCACUCAUUACUCAAUCACAACCUAAUUGUAUCUAUCAUUUAUAACAAGUUUAGAUGAUAUCGGAUUAAUUGAAGAAGAGUCUGAAGAAGAAGAACCAGAAUGA